AUAACUACAAAGAUUGUGCCAUUUCUCAACAAUUGGUUGUGUAGUGUAAUGGUUAGCACCCAGGAUUCUGAUUCCUGUAAUCCCGGUUCGAUCCCGGGCACGACCUUUUUGCACGUUGAAUACCCAGCCUGGGACCGAACAUCCUCCAAAACCAAUUGGGUCGAUCUUUUUUUGCCCAAUUGCCAGACACCCGGCCCGGCACUAGAACAUGUCCUGCCAAUCGAAUCGAAGUUGCAUCGUGAUUGUGCGGGGGGGUUACUCAUCGAAUCCGGAGAUCUUCCCGAGAUAUGCGGAUAACGGCUGUAACAAGCAGAACUCUGUAUCACAUUAGACACUUAUUCCCUUUUCCCAGAAAAAACAAUCUCAAAAAAGGUUCAUAGCACAAACAUAUCGACCUCAACUAUCCAACUCACAACACAUCCCCCCCUCCCCCCACUAAAAUGCCCUCAAAAUACGACCUCAUAAUCCUCGACUUCGACGGCACGAUCUUCGACUCCCACGAGGCCAUCUACACCUCGAUGCAACGCACCUUCCACCACUUCCUGCCCGACCACCCGCUCCCCACCACGCAGCUCACCGCCCUCAUUGCCCAAGGCCACAGCCCCGAAGUCACCUUCCGCGCUCUCCAGGACCCAACCACCCUGGACACCUUUGACGAGCCCACCUGGAUCGCCACCUACCGCGCCCUCUACCGCCAACACGGCCAGCCGCUCACGCAACCCUACCGGGACGCCUACGCGCUCGUGCGCGCCCUCACGCAGACCCACCGCCUCCCCGUGGCCAUCAUCAGCAACAAAGCCGUGGGCGCCCUCACGGCCGCGCUGCACCGCCACGGCUUCCUGGAGUUCAUCCCGGAGGCGCUGGUCCUCGGCGACGGGGUGUUCCCCGGGGGCAAGCGGAAGCCGGACCCCGCCGGGUUCGGGGAGGGGCUGGUGCCGCGGCUGCGCGAGUAUUUCUCGGCCUCGGGCCAGACGGCGGAGUGGUUGGAGAGGGACGGCGGGGUCGAUAUGCGGCGGGUGCUGAUGGUGGGCGAUACGAUUACCGAUAUCCGGUUCGCGAGGAAUCUGGGGUGUCCGGUCUGUUGGUGUCGGUUUGGGCAGGGGGAUCAGGCGGAGUGCGAGGCGGCGGGGCCGGAGGUGGUGAUCGAUGGAUUGGGGGAGUUUGUGGGGAAGGUUCUCGGGGGCGAGGGGCAGGGGAGGGGCGUGAUGGGGUUGAGGGUGGCGGGGGCUUAGGAGGUGUAUAUAUCAGGGCUUUUAGAGCUAGAUUUCGAGGAGAGAGAAGGGAGGGGAUUGUUUGAUCUAUGCCGAGUAGAGGAGCGGUGAGUUGAUUGAUAUAGGUAUGUAUAGAUAUGGUUGUGUCGAUUGAUGGGGAACUACGCUU